CACUUCCUUUUUCCUCCCACUCCACUAUCCCCUUCUUCCUCCGACCGCCUCCUCCCGUUUCGCGCCUUUCCUCGCCGAUCCACCCGCGCGCGCGCGCGCACUUGUCACGAUUCUGCGACCUCUCGCCAUUGGUAGCAGUGUAGUCUCAUAACGUUUGAUUGACGAAUUAGAAACGAUUGUCGAUCUCCUUGUAUAUUUCGGAGUGUCGGUGCACUCCGCGCGGAACAUCGUUGAAUAACGUUUCGAGACUCGUGAUCGUUCCGGACGAUUCGUCGCAACUGUUGUUAUCCUUGUUAACUAACCGCAACGAGUUGAUUUCGCGCCGAAAGUGGUCGCGCCGCGAUGUGGCGCAACGCGGCGCGGCGCGACGCGGCGCGAGUAAAUCCGAGUAAACCGCCUGUCGCCGAUCGAUGACGAGGAUCUCGCACCACCCGGUUAAUGUGAUCCCGUAAUCCGGUGAUCCCGUCGACGACACGCGUGCAACUUGAGAGUUCCUCCCGGCGAUAUCUCGGCGCACUGCGUGAACUUUUGCACAUACAGGGUGCGUUGAAAAUCUCAUCGAUUUGAAAACGAGCUUUCAAAAAGCAAGCUUUAAAGGCUGCGGCGAGGGAAUCCAGACGAACGACAUUAUUUACCUCGGAAGCCAACGUCGCACCCCUGCCUGACGUCGACUCGACGAUAAAUUCGAGAGAUCGCAUUUCGUGCAUUUCCGACUUGGCUCGAGAACGAGUUGCUGUCAACGUUGAUACAAAAUAAACGUUCGAUAACGCUAGGAUGGAGAAGAGAUCAUCACCCGAGGUAUCUCUUGGAUGCCUCGGCAAAACGCCGGAUACUGCGGACAUCGAAUCGCCGAUGUCUAACAUCGCCAGUAAUCUGUCUAAAUCGUCACUGGAUUCCGGCGGUUCGAAAAAGCGGCAUUUUUUACGUUCAAAAGGUAUUCUCGGUGCCUCUCGUCGCGUGAACGAUCAGAAAAAUGAAGGCUUAUUAGCUAAGGACAAGGGUGGUCAAGAUAUGGAAAUUGAUGACACAUUGGGUUAUUGUGGAAUGAAGACAUUAAUUUCACAUGAAUGGCCGGAAGCAGAGCUCAAGAAGUACGAUUAUAAUAAAGAAAACGCCUCUAGCGGCGGCUCCAGCAAUUCAUACAACCGCACCCCGCAACGAACGCGCUGUAGGAAAGUGCGACAUCCUUUGGAAAAUUAUGAGGAGAACAGCCAAGACAGCGGCCAUGGGUCGAGUCCUGUCAGCGACAAGGAAGAGAAGCGACUUGAAGAUUAUGUCACUUUCGCAACUGUAUCGCCUCAUUGUCAUUUACAAUGCAACACAUUCUUGGGAAAACCAUUCGCUUCAGCUUCUCUCUAUCACCCGAGUAAAAAAAACUCGAUCACCGCUGAGGAUAAGAUCUUCCUGCGUAGUCUAUCAUCAGGAUACGAGAGUAUGGACGACGGGCUCACGAACGAGCUCAUCGAUAUGGAGACCAUGGAUGAAGAGACACAACUACCGACCGGUAUUUCGAAGCUACUAUCCGGUGACAUAGUCGCGCCCGAGACAUCAACAGAUUAUGACGUUUCGCCGACUUCCAAUUUUUCUCGAAGUAUGUCACCUAAAAUCAAAAUGUGGUUAUCGCUGAACGGAAAAUACAGGCGGAACAUCAAGACAGUAUCGUCGCCAUUGUUGAAAUCGCCAACGCAGACGAGAUCACCGUUGAUGAUAAAGUCGCCAUCGUUAUCGAAAAUCCGUACCUGUCUGUUUCGUUCACCAACGGCUGCCUGUUCGACUAGAACGAUGAUGAGGACGUGCAGCUAUGAUACCACAACGAACUAUUACACUUCACCAAAUUUUGCCAGGUCGUACAAACGGCCGUCAGAAGAUUUACUGGAGAAUGAUACAUCGAUAUUAAAACGAUCACGAAAGUCUAAUAGUUUGUAUCUGGACACAACUCCCGUAUCGGCGAGGCACUUUAGUGUUUUGCGUCCAAAACCCUCUCUACAGAGAAGUUUAUCCGAAACUGAAACACACGCGAAUAUCAAAUGGGCAGUUCAUCGCAGCGUCACUGACACCGAUCUCAUCGGCGACUUCAGCAAGCCGUGUAUACUGCCACUUACGAUAAGUCAACACUCGGAUCUGAAGACCAUUACAUCUGAAACGUUGGCGGCGCUCUUACGAGGCGAGUUCACCGAUCGUAUUAGCUCCUAUAAAAUCAUCGAUUGCCGAUAUCCAUACGAGUACGAGGGAGGCCAUAUCGAGGGAGCGUUAAAUCUCUACAGCAUAGAUCUCAUCAAGCAGAACAUGCUUGAUCACCUGAAUUGCACUGUGCCCAGGAUUCAAUCCGAUACCGACAAGCGCGACAUACUCGUGUUUCACUGUGAAUUCUCUCAGGAACGUGGGCCGAAUCUCUCGAGGACACUGCGCAGGCUGGAUCGCACGUGUAACAAGGAGUACUACCCGGCGUUGUACUAUCCGGAGAUUUAUCUUCUGCAAGGAGGCUACAAAAAAUUUUACAGCGAGCAAAAGGAAUUCUGUUCGCCGCAGGAUUACAAAUCGAUGAAGCAUCCCAAUCACGAGGAGGAAUGUCGAUUUUUUCGCAACAAGAGCAAAAGUUGGCAGGGAGACAAGUCCAAAGGGAUUAGCCAGACAGUGCGAGUAAACCUCGAGCAUUUAGAUUUUUGAACGGACAUUUGUUGUUUUUUAUCUGUAUUUGAUCUAAUUUAAGUUUCCUUAAUCCCUAUCGUACUAGUCGCGAAUCGUUAGACGUUGAACGUUCUCAGAUACGGUCGGGACAUAAAACACGCGCACGCCAUGCGCGUCACUAAAGUGCAAACGGCGUAAAGAGACUACUCGUUCUAUUAAUUUUUUUCUUUUUUUUCUUUUUUUUUUUUCUUUAAUUUUCAGUCGUUCUUUGCGCUAACAAUAUGACUGACUCGAUGAAUUUUCUGCGAGUGUCUUGUACAUGGUGUAAAAUGUAGAUGUAAAUGUCAUUCGAGCAUUUUUAGAUUCCAAUCGAUCUUAAUACUUAAUACUUAAAAAGAGUGAUUUAACAAGAUCGACGAUCAAUCAAGAUCGAUUAGAAUUUGUGUUUAGAUCUUCGAUAAUAAUAACUUAGGCUAUGGUGAUACAUCGUUGCGGCCUGCUACAUACUUCCUACCAAGAUUCAAAUUUGUACAUAAAAAUUACAGAAUCAUAUAUUUCUCAGGUCAUUCUGUAAUUAAGGACAACAAACAAUCAAAUAAUGCAAUAUAUCCGCGUGUUGACCCGAAGUUAUAGCAGGUUAAAAGACCAUAAUAUCGCAUUACAAAUUUUUUUUUACGCCAUCUCGGGUGGCAUCUCAUUGUAUAUAGUAAGACGUACGAUUGAGACUUCAAUGGCUUAAAUCACAUCGAUCUCUCUCUUUUGCUAUUGCUUUGCAAAUUUCUUUAAAGCAAAUAUUUAUGGUUGACUUCGCAAAUUACAUAAAGUGUUACCUAUUCGUUGUUGCAAUUCGAUAAAAAUAUAUUUUUAAUAUACGCACAAAAGAUUAAUUCUUAAAUACUUACGUUGUAUCGACACGAUCUAAUUGACGUUUCUUUCAAUUGUACUUUUUCUUAUAAAGAAGAAUUAAAGAAACAGUCUCGUUCGUGUUUUGAGAAGGAUUUAAAUUUUAUAAGAUUUUAGUGUAAAAUCUAUUCUUUUCUCUUCUAAAUUUCUCUUUAAAAAAGAGAAUUUUUUGCUACGCAAGUGCUUAAGGAUUAAUCGAUAACGACCAAUUAAUUCAAAUUCUAAUA